AAUACAACUGUGCUGCCAUCAUUGACGCUCCAGCCACUCCAAAGCAACGCCGGUGCUUCGUGACUGGAGCAUACCAUCAAAAAUUUAGAUAAUAAUUGUCAUUGCUCUGUAAAUUUAAAAAAAUGGUGCUGUGUAGUAUUGAAUGUGUUCAACGAAUCUCUGAAUAUUUGGAAAUCCCACCGGGUAAACUCCAAAUAACACAGAACAACACAAUUGCUGCUGAUAAUCUAGUCAAAAAUACCUCGAUCGAAGGAUUCAGCACCAUAAUUCAAGCAUAUGCAAAUCUCUCGAAACAACAAGACCUGCAUCUUGGAAAUAGUGACAGGAUUACACAAACAUUAGUAAGGCAAUGGUUGGAGUAUGCAGUUAUGUGCAUAAAUUAUGCUGACAUGCCUGCGAAUGCUAAAAGAGUGCUCAAGGAACUGAAUACUGUUUUAAGAGACAAUACUUAUGUCACUGGAACAAGCAAGACGAUAGCGGACGUGGCCCUGUAUUACGCCCUACAUUCAAUUAUGAGUGCGCUCACGUGUCAGGAGCAGGCUGAGCACGUCCAUGUCUCUAGGUGGUUUGAUAAUGUGCAGCAAGAAGCCAAAUUGAGACAAAAAUUGAAAGUGAUUCAGUUUGAUCUCAUGCAUUUAUACAUCUGAGGGGAAAGCCCUGCAGUAAAAAGUCUACGGCGUUUCUGAUAAUUUACAAUUUAAAACGACCAUCUUAUCAUGUUUAUUUCUGAAUUUUUACUGUAUCAAUGAAAUGUUUUAGAUUAUUUUUGAGGCUCAGCACUGGAUCAUUAAAGAUCGAUCCUAAUGGAAGAAA